GACGCACAGCGUGGCAGCGCCACCGCUCUUCGCAGGCGUGGGCACCCUCUGCAGAGGUAUUUAUGAGUCUUGUUCGUUUUGUCAUUUGUCAGACUUCACAGAAUCUCGAGUAUCCGGGGCCAACCGCUCAUCCCUCUGAGACGAGUGGGGCUUGUGGCCUGUAAAUAGGGAAACCCAAAGUACAGUCAACCCGGCCACCCGCAUACAAAAGGCAGCCGAUGGUUGACCGAGACAAUUAAUAUCUAUCCGGACUGCUCUUUGGAGAUCUCGUUUAUUUCGCGCAGUUUAUUAUAUGUUGACUCCUACUAACCUGUUGCUUCCCGUCCAGUCUCGCAUCGAACAUUCACCCCUCCGUUGACUCGCACCAUGACCUCGGCUGCCCCGCGCAAGGCACUCACCCUCGACACCAUCAAUCCGAAUGUCAAGGCGGCCCAAUACGCCGUCCGAGGAGAGCUGGCUGUUCGGUCCGAGGAAUACCGUGCAAAGAUCAAGAACGGAGGCGCCAAAGGACUGCCAUUCGACUCGGUCAUCUCCGCAAAUAUCGGCAAUCCGCAACAAUUGGACCAGAAACCCAUAACCUUCUUCCGUCAGGUUGCUAGUCUCAUCGAGAACCCUCUGUUGCUGGAGCACGAGCAGGUCCUCAUCGACCAGCUGGGAUACAAGUCGGACGUCAUUGCGCGUGCGAAGUGGCUGCUGCAAGAGCUCCGUAGCGUAGGCGCAUACAGUCAGAGCCAGGGCGCAUCGGGCAUUCGGGAGAGGGUUGCAGAGUUCAUUGAGAGGCGAGAUGGCUACCCGUCCAAGUACACCGACAUCUACCUCAGCAAUGGCGCCUCAUCGGGCGUGAACACGCUCCUCAAUGUCAUCUGCGCGAAGCCCGAGACCGGCAUCCUCGUCCCUAUACCCCAAUACCCCCUCUAUACUGCCACCUUGUCGGUGCUGAAUGCGCGUUGCGUGCCAUAUUACCUCGAGGAGCACCAUGCGUGGGGCACCGACCUGGAUGCCAUACGUGAGUCGUACGACAAGGCCGUCGCAGAAGGAACCGAUGUGAAGGCGAUAGUCGUCAUCAACCCUGGCAACCCCACUGGAUCUAGCCUACGCGCCGAAGACAUCAGGGGCGUCCUGCAGUUUGCUGCGGAGAAGGGCAUAGUCGUCAUUGCCGACGAAGUGUACCAGACCAACGUCUUCAUCGGCGAGUUCAUCUCCUUCAAGAAAGCACUCAGAGACCUCCAGAAGGAGCACCCGGGACAGUACGACGACAUUGAAUUGGCGUCGCUGCACAGCGUGUCGAAGGGUAUGGUUGGCGAGUGCGGACAUCGCGGUGGAUACUUUGAGCUCUGCGGCUUCGACCCCAAGGUCGCGGAGCAGAUCUACAAGUUCAUCAGCAUCCAGCUCUGCCCGCCCGUCGUCGGGCAGUGUUUCGUCGAGAUGAUGGUGAACCCGCCCAAGGAGGGCGAGCCUAGCUACGAGCUGUACAAGAAGGAGUACGACUCCAUCUUCGAGGGGCUCAAGCAGCGCGCCUACGCACUCUUCGAGACGUUCAAGCAGAUGGAGGGCGUGGAGUGCCAACCUCCUGCAGGCUCCAUGUACCUCUUCCCCACCAUUACCCUCCCGCAAAAAGCCAUCGAACAAGCAAAGAAGGAAAACCGCACACCAGACGAAUUCUACUGUCUCCGCAUGCUCGACGCCACGGGCGUGUGCGUGGUCCCGGGGUCCGGCUUCGGCCAGAAAGAAGGGACGCUGCAUUUCCGGACGACGUUCCUCGCGCCCGGUACCGAGUGGACGAGCCGGAUAUCCAAGUUCCACAAGGAGUUCAUGGACGAGUUUCGGUAGUUGAUGGUUUGGAGUGUGUCUCGUUUUUGGACAUGCUUGGAGCGCAACGUUGAAUGGGAUUUUUUGCAUAUGCGAUAUGACUCCACUCUGGGUGACGGCGGGGUUUCUUCUGAUAGGACUGUACAUAGAGAACAGAUGCGAAUUGAUGAGGCAGUUCCCCUCACUUUUCUCUAAAUUAUCCGCUAUAGACACCUGGAACCCCGCAUUCACUGCCGUCACCUCCAAUCU